UAAAGUUACGUUGACUGCAAAGAUAAAGGCUCGCGUGACUGUGAUCCUCUCGUUUGUUUUUUUAUCAAGUUUGAGUCUAGACUCUCAUCGACUUAAAACCCAUCGAAAGGAGAACACUCUCAAAAACUGUAAACCCAGAAAAAGAAAAAGAAAAACAAUGGCACAAGCUUCUUCAGUUGUUAGCAUCAACAGAAGGAAACGUUUCGUUUCACUUCCUUUUCAUGGGUUUGUUGUUACUUUGGCUGUGAUUCUGCUCUGUUUUGUACCCAUUAACGUAUCGGCUGCUGCCAGGCGACAACCUCCACAGCAACAGCUACCGCAGAAGCUGAGGUUUGGUCGGAAUGGGGAGUUUAAGAUACUACAAGUGGCGGACAUGCACUAUGCAGAUGGGAAAACAACGCCGUGCUUGGAUGUGUUGCCUCACCAGUUUCAUGGUUGCUCUGACCUUAACACCAGCGCUUUUAUCCAGCGAAUGAUCCAAGCUGAGAAACCCAAUUUUAUCGUUUUCACUGGUGAUAACAUCUUUGCAUUUGAUGCCACGGAUUCAGCAAAAUCUUUGAAUGCAGCAUUUGCCCCUGCAAUUGCUGCAGGAAUUCCAUGGGCUGCUGUUUUGGGGAACCAUGACCAGGAAGGCACCUUAUCAAGGGAAGGGGUCAUGAAACACAUAGUUGGAUUGAAGCAUACUAUGUCUCAAUUCAAUCCUUCUGAAGCACAUAUAAUUGAUGGUUUUGGCAACUAUAACCUGGAGGUUGGUGGAGUUGAGGGGUCAGGUUUUGCAAACAAAUCAGUUCUCAAUCUCUACUUUCUUGACAGUGGAGAUUACUCCACAGUUCCAGCCAUCCCUGGCUAUGGUUGGAUUAAAACCUCUCAGCAGAUGUGGUUUCAACGCACUUCUGCAAAUCUUCGGAGAGCCUACAUGAGCCCACCUAAUGUUCAGAAAUCAUCUGCACCUGGACUUGUGUAUUUUCACAUCCCGCUGCCUGAAUUUGCUAGUUUUGACUCUUCUAACUUCACUGGGGUGAGACAGGAAGGUAUUAGUUCUGCUUCUGUGAACUCGGGCUUCUUCACAACCAUGGUAGAAGCAGGGGACGUGAAGGCUGUUUUUACAGGUCAUGAUCACCUCAACGACUUCUGUGGUCAAUUGACGGGUAUUCAACUAUGUUAUGCUGGGGGUUUUGGAUACCAUGCCUAUGGAAAAGCUGGAUGGUCCAGGAGAGCUAGGGUGGUGGUAGCAUCUCUAGAGAAGACAGAGAAAGGAGGUUGGGGUGCUGUCAAGUCAAUCAAGACAUGGAAGCGCCUUGAUGAUCAACAUCUUACUGCCAUUGAUGGUCAGGUCCUCUGGAGCAAGAAUUCUGCUGGUAAAAACAAGUUACUUUGAUCACUAUUUCCCACAGUGGAUUAAUCUUGCCCUAAGUAUAAAGGUACUCGUAGAAAGAAACAUAUUCUUGGCCGUGCUUGACUUUAGCAAUGGACAGCUGAGAAGUAUUAUUAUUACUUUAAUCUCAAUCGGUAAGCAACAACUGGACAGUAAGGAUGUAGCUCGUGGAGAUGGUACAAGACUUUGAAGGCUGUGCCGUCAACUGCUGGUGUCUAAUAAUUCUAUGGAAAUGUAACCGUAUACCUGUGUUCGUACCAUUGCUGAAGGUUUUUUUUCUUUUUGAUACAACAUAAAUGGUUUCAUAAUAGCUGAUGAGAGAAAGGUAGAAUGAAAUAUCAAUUGUUGUUAUUUUGAUAAAAUACUUUCAAUUCUUUGGGU